UUUUCUAACCUACGCGCUUUACUCAUCCGGUGCACAUUAGCCAUCUUCUCCCACUAGUUAUCUAUACAACGCCUUAAGACAACACACAUACACUGCGUGUUCACAUUUUCUGUUUACAUUAUUUUCUUCAGUUUACUCAAAGUUUAGCAAAACCCUUUUCUUGAUUGCCAAAAAAGAUAAGAUCUUUGAGUGUUCAUUAGAGGAAAGUGAUCAUGAGUUGCUUCAGUUGUUGUGGAGAAGAUGAUAUGCACAAGUCUUAUGAUAAUGGACCAUACAUGACGAAUAAUGCAGCAGGACACAAUGCAGGUUAUCGUGCCACAGAAGUGGCUCCAAAGGACACACAAGCUGUACCCCCCCAACCUAUUGCUGUCUCUGCUCUUCAAGUGGAUGAAUUGAAAGAAAUAACCGAUAAUUUUGGUACGAAAUCUUUAAUUGGUGAGGGAUCAUAUGGACGAGUCUACCAUGGUGUUCUAAGAAGUGGGCAGGCAGCAGCAAUCAAAAAGUUAGACUCCAGUAAGCAACCAGACCAAGAAUUUUUAGCCCAGGUUUCUAUGGUAUCAAGGCUUAAACAUGAUAAUGUUGUUGGGCUACUUGGGUAUUGCAUUGAUGGUGGUCUAAGAGUUCUAGCUUAUGAGUAUGCUUCAAAUGGAUCUCUACAUGAUAUUCUUCAUGGAAGAAAAGGUGUUAAAGGUGCACAGCCAGGUCCAGUUCUAUCGUGGUCUCAAAGAGUUAAAAUUGCUGUGGGUGCUGCAAAAGGACUUGAAUAUUUGCAUGAAAAGGCGCAGCCUCAUAUAAUCCAUCGUGAUAUAAAAUCUAGUAAUGUUCUGCUUUUUGAUGAUGAUGUCGCUAAAAUUGCUGAUUUUGAUCUAUCGAAUCAAGCACCUGACAUGGCUGCACGUCUUCAUUCCACCCGUGUCCUUGGUACCUUUGGUUAUCAUGCACCUGAAUAUGCCAUGACUGGACAGUUGAGUUCAAAGAGUGAUGUUUACAGUUUUGGUGUGGUUCUCCUAGAAUUGUUGACAGGCCGUAAGCCAGUAGACCAUACUUUGCCUCGUGGUCAGCAGAGUCUAGUCACUUGGGCCACUCCUAAACUCAGUGAAGAUAAGGUGAAGCAGUGCGUUGACACUAGACUAAAUGGGGAAUACCCGCCCAAGGCCGUCGCCAAGAUGGCCGCUGUUGCAGCCUUAUGUGUGCAAUAUGAAGCAGAUUUCAGGCCAAACAUGAGCAUUGUGGUUAAAGCACUGCAACCAUUGUUGAACGCUCGUCCUGGACCCCAAUCAGAAGCACCACACUUGUGAAUUUCAAGGCUCGGUCUCUACUACUGCUUAAUCGCGUCAUUCCCGAUCAUGACAGACAAAACUAGCAGAUAUAUUUAUGUUUGUUAUCAGCAGAUACGCAUUCUUUUGUUUGACUUUGUAUCAAAAAGGUUUUCAAGAUUUUAUUGCUAAUUUGGCGUAAAUAGUGGAGGAAUUUAGGUGCAAAGAAACUCUUAUGUACCGCUGAAUCAAGUAUAUUUGCUUUCUGGAAAUGUGGUUUUCCUCGUGAAA